CGCUACUAAACUAUAAGAGCAGAACGAAUCUUCCUCGAAGUUUCAAGUGCUACUUCGUCAAUGCUCUCCCUUUAUAUAAUCCCCAUCAACUACUCUUUCACAAACUCAUCUCCUGCUCUCUUCUCUCCUCUCACACACACAAAGAUCCCUUUCUUUUUCUUUUUUUAGAAAGACGAUAAAAUCUUUUGAGGUUUUUUAAAAUCUGAUAACACACACACACAAACCAAAAGUGAUCAAUGAAGAUGCAACACACCCAUUUUCAUGGGGCUAGUGUGUACAAUGGUUUAAAACCUCAUAAACUAACAUUCAAGAAAGCUGUGAAGAAAGUGAUGAGAGAUCGGUUAACUAAUCAGUUCAUGGUCGAGAUGGAGAACAGGCUCAGAAAAAUUGUUCGAGAGGAGCUUGAUCGUGUUAUUCAACCACAUCUCUCCUCGUCAUGGUCCCCGACCGAACGAUCACGUUCAGAAACGCCGUCGUCGCGUUCACGUUACAAGCUGCGAUUCAUCAACGCACCACCGUCUACGAUAUUCACGGGGGCCAAAAUCGAAGCUAGGGACCGUUCUCCCGUAGCGUUCGAGCUCGUGGAUACAGCCACGAACUAUCGAGUCGUGGCAGGACCGCUCUCGUCUUCUCGUGUCGAAAUAGUGCCGCUGAACGCUGACUUCACGGAGGAAAGCUGGACCGUUGACGUAUUCAAAGGGUAUAUUGAAAAGCAACGCGAAGGGAAACGUCCGUUACUCACCGGAGAUUUAACGGUGACGCUUAAAGACGGCGUCGGAGUGAUCACCGGAGUUGUUACUUUCUCGGAUAAUUCGAGCUGGACUAGGAGUAAGAAGUUCCGAUUAGGUGCUAAACUAACCGGUGGUGGUGCCGUGGAGGCGAGAAGUGAAGCCUUUAAAGUUAAAGACCAACGUGGAGAAUCUUAUAAAAAACAUCAUCCUCCGUACCCUGGCGACGAGGUUUGGAGACUGGAGAAAUUAGCUGGCGUUUCAGCGAAGCGUUUGGCUGAACGGAAGAUUUUUACCGUUAAGGAUUUUCGUCGUUGGUAUACGGUAGAUCCAGAGGCGCUAUACAACCUACUUGGUGGAGGGAUCUCAAAGAGAACAUAUGAAGAAGUAAUUGUAUCCCAUGCAAUGGAAUGCGUUUUGGACGAAUCAGAGUGUUACAUCUACGACACAACCGCUCUUGGCGUGUCGCUUAUUUUUAACUCUGUCUAUGAAGUGAUCAAAGUGUACUUCAGUGACGGCACGUUUGGAAGCCCCGAUCAGCUACCAGCUUAUCAGCUGGACGAGCUGAAGCGUGAAGCGUAUCAAAACCUUAGCCAGUUUAAGUCCUUGCAAUGCACGCAAAAUCCUGGAGUGCAGCACAACAACUUUCAAGGAGUUUCAAUUCCAAUAGACUCUUUGAGCUCUUUUUACUUCACUGCUCCAAACUCCACGGUUCAACCAGAGAUGGUGAUGAAUUUUGAUAACUCACCAGCUACGACGUCGUUUCAUAUGGACGGAAAGUUCAUGCAAAGAAACAGCUUCAGGGCUGGUGAACACGAUCCGGUGUACAGUGAAUCACAAACUGUAGAGACAAGGGAUUGUAUCGAGAAUGACGGGAAUAUUUUUGCUUAUCAUCAACAUCAUGACUUUCCCUUGAACUGGUCGGCUGGUGCAGCGGAUGUGGAGCAACAAUUGAAAAGUUUUUGUGUUAGCGUGUCUGGCACGGAAGAAGCUGGAACGUACGAUGUUAACAUUAAUGUGGGAUCUCCAAGAGGCAGGUGGUGUAAGGUCAAGGCAGCCUUUAAGAUCCGAGAAGUUUGGAAACUCACAACUGCCAGAAAACGAGGGAAGGCUUGUAAGAACCCUUGUCUAAUGUAUUAGAUACAGAGGUUUCGAUUCUUAUACGGUGCAUGAAAGAUGUGUAUAUUGUAUAUGUGUGUGAGUUCUUAUUCUUUCCUUUUUAUAGAAUAUGGUUAGUUGAAUGGAUCCCGGCCAUUGACUGUUUCCAAUGGUUUAAUAAGUACUGGGGAUUAGUCUUUGUGUAUACCAUGUUUGAUAUGUACUUCUACAAAAUGUAUACAGUAUAUAUAUAACCAAAUCAGUUUACAUA